UUAAAAGACACUGUUAGGCGCGGUUACGCCGACAGUAUGGGUUAUCUAACUCCGAGUUAGCGACUCGUUGUCCCUUUCUGGAUUAUAGUGCUUUCUAUAACAUCGACAGGGAAAGAAAAUUUAGUUGAACUGGGUUAGCGCUAAACCACGUCAGUACCAUCAGCCCUUAGCAGUACAUCGAGGAUGCGGGACAUGCAGUAUAACGCCGCAUUGAUUACAAAAGCUAAAGGGAGGCUUGCACCACGUCGAUAUAAUCGAUAUGCAGCGGAUAAUCAUGGCUUGAACGAGCAUCAAUUAAAACCGUUUUGAUAAAUUAAAUUAAGGGCUUGCGCGAAAAGAUUUACAAUAAACACUCGAUAUAUGUAUAAAUAAAUUAUUUUGAACAAGGAAUAUAGAAAUGUAAUAACGAGACAAAAUUUUAGGAAGCACAAAGACAUUCAUUCAUAAAGUAAUUUACAUUAUGGAAUCCAUACACAUACAUGCAAUAUGCUAUUAAUAAUUUUAUUAAAAAAUCGAUCCGAUAUAUUUGCCAAAGAAAUCAUAAGCAUAUAAUAAAUUGAUUUUUUACAAUGACAAAAGAAACAUUUAAAAAUAAACUUUAAUGCAAUAAACAAUUACCUUUGUUAAAUAAUUAUUUCUAUAACAAAAAAAAUUAUCGUUUUUUUUCUAGCUUUAAAUGUAUCGAUGGCUCAAAUUCAAAUAUAUUUGCUAAAAUUAAUUUAAUUUCAAUAUUUAUAACAAUUACGUAUAUAUGUGCAUUUUUCUGAACAAUAAUUUUGCGAAAAACUAUUUUUCAAAGGAUCAGAGUGAAGAUUGUGAGAAAAUCUCUUUUUUUUCAACGAAUCAGAACGCGUCACCCUUAUUAUUGCCUGAUGCAAGAGCCGUGUACGUAAUUUUUCUUCCACUGAAUCCGUAACUUCCACGCUUGCAACAUUCCGGAAAUUCGGAACGCCGCGCGCCGAUUCAAAGAUUUUGGCGAAGUUUUCCCGACUUCCUAUCUCUAUCGAUAAUCAGAGGUCUCGGCAUCGGCUCCAAAAAUGUUGAUUAAAAAAAAAAUUCAUAUCUUUUACCUUCAAUAUUUAUCUAAUUGACUUAAUGAAUUAGUGUUAAGUUCUAAUGUGAUUUACAUAAUUUUGUGUCAUUUUGUAAAAUACAAAUAAUAAAAUAACCAAAAAUGUAUUAUUAUCCAGUUUACAUCUUUGAAAGAAAUUUAAUUUUAUUCCAUAAAAUUUUUGUACUUUUUAAAUCAUAGAAGUUAUAGAUAUUUGUAAAAAUUACGUAUGGCUAUACGUAAUGUUUUUACAUUCCAGCAAUUUUUGUCUACACUCAAACAAAGAUUACGUGCUGAAUAUGUACUCGCAUUCAGUAGCGCAUUUACCAACAAGCUAAUGAAACUUGAGAUUCCCUUCAUUUGUAUUAAAUAUUUUCAUAAAUAAUCUUUAUGUUAAUUAACAUUGAUAAACAAAAUUUAUGUAUCAGUUUAUUAUGUUUUUUAUGUUCGUUUGUCCACUUUUAAAAUAUGUGUUUUGCCAUUACAUGCUUUUAAUGCCAAAUAUAAAUUUAUAAUGAUUAUUAAAAUUGUAAUGGAAUAUAUAUUAGAUUAACGUACGGCAUUAUCAAUACUUAUAUAAUUAUAUGAUGUUAAUAAUAUAACUGUAUAUUCGUCAUUUCUCAAUUAUUCGUUGAUGUUAAAUAAAUAAAUAAGUAAAUACUUCUUAGAAAAUCAUAAAUCAAAUUUGCUUUUAAAAAAAAGUUAAGAAUAUUUAUAACUUCAGGUUUCUGAAAAUGUAAAUCCGUCACUGCUCGUACCUGUGCUUAAAGCGCAUGCAGUCGUUACACGUUCAACGCAGCAGAUAAGAUAAGCUUACGGAAUUGUAGUAUAAGCGAUAAAGGCCGACGAACAAUGACAAUCCGUCAAUUGCACGCGUUAUCGUCGCCACGAGCCGGCUAGGACAGAUAAUAUUAGACGCAGGUAAAAACACGUCAUACCCGUCCGUCAUUUGCAGUAUUGACAACGAAAAUGUUUCCGCGGGAUCUGCUGCUGAUGCUGCUGCUCACCUGCAUCCUUUAUUACAACAGUUAUGCGCAAGAAAGCACUACCACGAAGGCUCCAGCGUUGGAAGGGAUGAAAGACGGGGAAAUCAUGUCAAUUGCUAUGGUUUGCUGUAUACUCAUCGUCUUUGUUGUACUAAUUCCCACAGCGAUAUAUUACAAAUACUUUGCUAAGGAAGAUAUUGUUGAAUAAAGAUCAACCACAAUUGAAGCUUCAUCAAUCGUAUUAUAGACUACGAUCUAGAUUGCGUUUAUUGUAUAUAUAGAUUAAAUGCAUAUAUAGAUUAGAUUCAAAUGUUCGAUCAAAUCAAAAUUAAAAAAUAUAUAUAUUUAAAUUUUUACCAUAAAACAGUGCCCUUAAUUUAGAAAUGUGCACUCAAUAAAUCUAAAGUGAAUCGACAGCAAUGCAUUGACGCGGAUUAAUAUGUAACAUUUGACAAUUAAUUCGACAAUUCAAUGUUGGUAACUCGCUUAACAAAAAACAUCGCUACUAGGCUGCCGUGCGUUAAGCCCUGAUUCACUCAAAUGUGAAAUAUGACUGCUUUUUAUAAAUAUAACUCAUAUUCAUUGCAUUGUAUUUAUUUUAUACAUAUUUAUGCGUUGCCUGUCAGCUAUGUAUAUUUACAAUAUUUAUCGUAAAUAAGAAUUCAUUAUAUUUACUUUUAAUACUGUGAAAUGUAAUAUAAUAAUUUAGUCCUUAUACACGUUCAUUCUCAACAUAAUUCAAAAGCAUACAAUAAAGAAAAUUAAAAUCAUUUAUAUAAUUUAUAUAAUUGUUUUACAAAUUCUAUUCAACGUUCAUAAAUUAACUACAGAAAUUUCAUGUCAUUACGCCGCGCCGGCCGUGCGCACAACAAUCGAAACAAACAAACCGCCACGUCGUAUCAAAUACAAUCGGCGAUAAAGUUUCUCAACGUUAUCAGAAAACGCUGAAAUAGCCGCGUUUCAAAUAUUCACUGAAAUUGAUUUGGAAUCCAAAAUAAAAGUUUUAAUUAUAACUGCAUUCAUAUAUAUAGUCCUUUUAUUAAAUAACCAUCUGGAUAUAGUAGUGGUGUACCGGAAUAUUAUAAAUUUCUAGUUUGCAAUUUUCUUUUUUUUUAUUAACCAAGAAAUAAUGAAAAUUUCAACAAUUCUAAUUUUUAGACUUCUCAAAUAUUUUAAAUAUUAUAUUUUAGUUGUUUUUCUAGUUGUCUCUAAAUUUUUAGCAAAUAUCUGCAUAAUAUAGUAUUCAGAACUAACAAUAAGUCUAUAAUGUAAUAACAAAAAUUUAAUGAUGUUGAGUACAUGUAUAUAUUAAUGAAACUUUAAUUAAAAACUUUGUAUAAAAAAUUUCAUUUGGCAAUAAAUGUUAAAACCAAACAUCGUAGGCAAUGAUAAAACGAGGUUUGACGACCUGAAAAAAAAAGAUUUAACGCGCCCUGAAUAUAACGAAAUGUCACUCGUAAAUUUGUGCCACAACGUGGACGCGAGACAAUAUAAAGCCAUACAUAAAGCUCUUCCCUCGGUGGAUAGCGACAUAAAGUUUAAUACGGUCUCAAACUUUCGCGGGUUAUGAUCAGAAAUGCUCAGAGCACCAGGCGCGAAUGCGCCACUUCUCACAGAGUGCAUUGCAAAUUCGAAACGCUUCUUUAAGCAGGCGGAUUUUACGUUCUGCGGAAGAGCUUAUUCGGGGAUUUCGAGGGCACUCUUUGCGCUCUGAGAAUCCUCCAUUACAGUCGCGUCAUAACUUUGGGUGACGACAGUGAGAGGGCCCAAAAUGAAAUCACAAUGGAAUAAUACCACGAAAGUGGCGCGACGCACUAAUUAACGGAACUCGUAUAAGCCAAAGUUGCGAAAGUACUUUGUAGCCACGAAGACGCGUCGCGUUAAGAUUUGUGCUUGCAUUAGCGCGAGCCGCUGAGUGGCUAAACGCCACCGAGUUGCAAACUCGGGAAGAUGCUUUCGAAAACUUUCGUUAACCCGAGUUGUGAAUUGUGAAUUAGCUACAAAGUAGAUCAGAAGUUGCAGGGAUUAAUAUUAAAUUAUUACAAUAAUAUUGAAUUAAUCUGAAAUAAAUUACUAUAAAAAGACAUGGGUUUUUGUCACUCCGACAUUUAUUGAUUUAUCAGUAGUCUCUAAAUCGUCUGAUGGUAUCGUCUAACAGCAGAAAAGGAGUACGUUAUCGGCAAAUGUAAUGUUACCCACUGUCGUUAGUAAAAUAACAUAAAGCAUUUUGCAUAAAAAAAUGUAUUAUUAAAUUUUCAAUAAUAAAAAUUAUUACGUCAUUGCUAUGGCAUUCAUAGCAUUUGAAGAAUUGUAAAUUAUUUUACUUAUUUAUAUUUAAUCGGAUAUAUUAACUGAUGAUAAACUUGAUAACUAUGUUACAAAAGUCUUACCAUCAACUUGUAAAAGAUAAUAAGUACUACGAGGUUCCGUUUUAUUCCACGUUAAAAAAUUAAAUCGAUUUAAAGUUUUAUACUAUAUGUAUAUAUAAUACUCGUAAUAGUUCAUUCUUUUAAAGUAUGCUUAAAAAUAUGUAACUUUUUUAUGACUGAUAAAAAUAACAUAAAUGUUACUAUAUAAAAGAUAGGUAAGUCAUUGUAUGGAAUUUAAUUCAUUAAUAUCUGGAUCUAAAUAUUUAAUAACCGAUGUAUCUGAACGAAUAUAACCAUUUCAAAUCUAAUAAGUUUUUAACGGAUUUGUGUAUACAUGUAUGUGCAAAUGCUUUUACCAUGAAUUAAGGUUUCUCUUAAUUUCGAUCUAAAAUAUUCACUUGAUGAUAUCCCGUAUAAUGUUGUUUUCGUGCCAUUUGUAAUCAAUGGGAUUAAUCUUCACUUGAAUAAAUAAAUAGAAAUUGUUUCCUUAGAUAGGACAAGUUAUUAGUCAACUACUUGAUAUUAAAUAUUCUCAUGAAUAUUGUUUUUUUCUUUUAAUAAACGAGCUACCGAUUUAUUUAACUAUUCUCCUUUCUUCAUAAAAUCGGCAGAAGUAUUCUGUUUGCCAGAGAGUGUCAACGUGUUUCUUGAUUUUUAAAAGCAGUUCAAAUGGUUCAGAUAAAGAAACUCAUACAUUUAAAAUUUCAUAAAAUACUUCAGUUUUUAGAAAUAUGUAAUACUCUGACGUGUACGUGGCCAUAUAAUCCUGAUAACAGCAAGUUUAUGCUUAUGUUUCAAAAAUUCAUUUGCGGUUUUACCGUCUUGAACGGUAUUUUCGUAGAGAUAACUUUAAUGCGCGCCAUUUAUGAAUAUGGGCACGAUGUAACGAUAAUAAUGAAGUCUUUAACAGAAUUUAUCUGUGUGGCGGAUUUUUUAAUCAAACUUAUCCUAUGCAGAUUGAACAGUGCACGUAUACAGCACAUCCUGAAAGAGAUGAAGAAUUUUCUUCUUGCUUCCAACGACCGGGAAAGAAUAAUUCUGCAAAAAUACAUAGAUCGUUACGCCUGCUUUUCCAUGUUUGUUACAUCAACUUAUUUCUUAGCACCAAUCACCUUUCUUUGUACCCCGAUGUUUACCUCGAGGAAAUUUCCUACUGAAGGAUUGUAUCCAUUUUCCACUGAAUCGUCAUUUGUAACAUUUGUCAUCUUUGCAACGCAAAUUUACACUUCCAUGCAAGUGGCAUGUAGCGUCAGUGUGGAUUUCAUGUUUACCGUAUUCUUCUUGUAUACAACUGCCAGAUUAGAGAUGUUAUGUUUAGAAAUACAAACUGCAAAGAGUGAAAGACAGAUAAACUCAUGUAUCAAGAAACACCAAGAAAUAAUCAAGAGACAGUCAUUGGGGAUAGCGUCUUCAUUUAUUUUUCUAGUGGCAUCUGGAUGUGAAAGAGUAUAUGUUACUGCAUGGGCAGCUGACGAUUUAAUGGAAAAUAGUGAACGGGUUGCAAUGGCAGUAUACAAUAUGUCAUGGAUUGGAAGAUCACAACGCAUCACUAAAAAUAUAUAUUUCAUGAUGCAAAGAAGUCAAAAACCAUUCGUAAUCAACAUGGGCUUACUGCCAAUUUUAUCUCUUAAACAUUUUGCUAAGUAUCUUGUGACAUUGCUAUCUUAUUUCACAACAAUGAGAGCAAUAAUUGGCGAUUUGAAUAAUUAAAAUCAAGAAGUGGGAAGAAAUCUUGUACAUCUUGUACACUUAUAUAAUUAUUGAAUACAAUAUAAAUUAAUAUU